CGAAGUUCGGUUCUCUAUUCUAGAGAUCUUCCACCGAAAUAAGAUGCUUUUUUUUUUUGACGAUGACAAUUUUUUGAUAACUUAUUUUAUUUUGAUGUUUUGCUGUUGUAGUUUUUUUUAUAUGUUGUUUGUGUUCUCUAUUUUUUUUGUGAUUAGACUUCUUUAUUUUCUGUUUUCUUCUUUUCAUCAUUUUUUUUUGGGGAAAAAUUUGUAUCACAAUUAA